AUGAUUACUGUUGAGUAUGUGCAGCUUUACCAUCUUUUCCUCCUUGCCUUCGUCUGCAUAAUACUAGGGAAUGCUGAGCACCAUCAGGUAGGCAAUACUUCUAAAGAGCAUAUUACCAAAAGUGAGAAUCGCUCACCUCUUAAGGGCGGUAAUGUUGGAAGUGGGCAUCCUCCCAUGGUUGGACCGGGAAUGGGUCCUGGUAACGGCCACGGUGGACCAAAUGGGCAUAUGGGAGGACCAAGCUGGCCAAUGGGAGGACCGAACAGUGGCAAAGAGCCAAAUGGAGAUUUUCCUCAUAUGAAUGGACAAGGAGGACCAGGAUUUGGGCUAAAUGGCGGAGCAAGGCAUUGA